AAAACUUUUUGAUUUUCAUCCCUCUCUCUCUUCCUCUUUCUCUGUCUCUUUGAUGCGUGCGCUCUUCACAAACCCAAUCAAAACCCCAUUACUCUCCCAUCUUUUCUCCUGCUCUAACUUCCUCCCAAUCCGACACGGCCUCUCCGACUCACUGCUCCCGUCUUUCCUCCGAGUCGACUCACCCCCCUCUUUCACAACUCAAAGAUCGGCACUCUCGAUGGCGGCGAUUCCUCCGAAAUCGCCGAGCGCCGAGGAGGAGGGACUCGCCAGAAGGUUCUGGAUCAAGUUUAAGAGAGAAUCCGUCUUUGCUAUGUACACUCCCUUUACGCUCUGUUUAGCUUCUGGAAAUCUAAAGAUUGACACCUUCAGGAAUUACAUCGCCCAAGAUGUUCACUUUCUUAAAGCUUUUGCUCAAGCGUAUGAAUUGGCAGAGGAGUGUGCAGAUGAUGAUGAUGCAAAACUUUCAAUCUCUGAAUUGAGGAAGAGUGUUCUGGAGGAGUUAAAAAUGCACAAUUCAUUUGUAAAGGAGUGGGGUCUGGACCUUGCUAAAGAGGCUUCUAUUAACUCUGCAACAGUAAAGUAUACGGAAUUCUUGUUGGCAACAGCAUCUGGGAAAGUUGAAGGUGUCAAAGGUCCUGGAAAACUUGCAACUCCAUUUGAAAGAACAAAAGUUGCAGCUUAUACAUUGGGUGCUAUGUCACCUUGCAUGAGGCUGUAUGCUUUCCUUGGUAAGGAAUUCCAGGAAUUUCUAGAUCUUAAUGAAGGCAAUCACCCUUACCAGAAGUGGAUUGACAAUUAUUCUUCUGAAAGUUUUCAGGCAUCAGCUCUGCAAAACGAGGACUUGCUGGAUAAACUUAGUGUCUCUUUGACAGGCGAAGAACUAGACAUCAUAGAGAAGCUUUAUCACCAAGCCAUGAAACUUGAAAUUGAGUUCUUCAAUGCACAGCCACUUGCUCAGCCCACUGUAGUUCCUCUCAUUAAGGAGCAUAAUCCUGCCAGAGAUCAUCUUAUUAUAUUUUCUGAUUUUGAUUUGACUUGCACUGUUGUUGAUUCUUCUGCCAUUUUGGCAGAGAUCGCAAUAGUGACAGCCCCAAAAUCUGACCAAAAUCAACCUGAAAGUCAACUUGAUCGGAUGUCAUCAGCUGAGUUGAGGAAUACUUGGGGUGACCUCUCCAGAGAGUACACAGAAGAGUAUGAACAAUGCAUUGAAAGCAUUGUUCCUUCUAUGAAAGUGGAGCAAUUCAACUAUGAAGCUUUAUAUAACGCUCUUGAGCAACUCUCAGACUUUGAGAAGAGGGCGAAUUCUAGAGUGAGUGAGUCUGGAGUACUGAAGGGUGUAAAUCUUGAAGACAUUAAACGAGCUGGUGAACGCCGGAUUCUUCAAGAUGGUUGUACUACUUUCUUUCAGAAAAUUGUAAAGAAUGAAAAUUUGAAUGCAAAUGUCCACGUACUUUCAUAUUGUUGGUGUGGUGAUCUCAUCAGAGCAGCUUUUUCAGCAGCAGGGGGUCUAAAUCUUCUGAAUAUACAUGCAAAUGAGUUCAUUUUUGAAGAAUCCCUUUCCACCGGCGAAAUUGUUAAGAAAGUGGAGUCUCCCACAGACAAGGUUCGAGCUUUCAACAAUAUAGUACAGAACUACGGCAGUGACAGAAAGAAAUUGACUGUUUAUAUUGUAGAUUCAGUGGGUGACUUACUAUGUCUGCUUAAGGCCGAUAUAGGCAUUGUGAUUGGAUCUAGUUCAAGCUUAAGGAGAGUGGGAAGUCAAUUUGGUGUCUCUUUUGUACCAUUGUACCCUGCCUUGGUUAAGAAACAGAAGCAAUACGUUGAAGGAAGCUCCGGCAAUUGGAAGGGGCUAUCUGGCAUUCUUUAUACAGUCUCAAGUUGGGCUGAAGUACAUGCCUUCAUUUUGGGGUGGUAGAGAAUUUUUUUUUUUUUCCUUUUUGCUCUCACCACUCAUUCAUGUUAGUUAGGUCAAAUGAAGAAACCAUUCAUAUAUAUAAUGGAACACAAAGAUACAAAUUGGUGGCUGAUUUUAUUCGGGGCCACAUCUGCUGUUAUUCCCUUUCCCUUUUUUUCUCUCUACAGAAGGUCAUCCAUUCUAAAGUGUAAUGUUGGAUCUAUUGUCUGAAGAAUGCUGUAAACUAGGAAUCUGGAGAUUUCAAGCUGCAGUGAAUUGUAAGAAGAGGGAGUUUGAUUAAUUUGUCCAUAUAAAUGUCAUUAAGUAAUGUAUUUCUACUUCUAUAGGCUAUGAAUGUUUCAUAUAUGGCUGGAAUGGCAAUUUUGAGAAAAACUUAUGGAUCUUUUAUUUGCAUCUGUGAACAUCUGAGGUUGCUGCUGGCUAUUGAUUAAUCCUGCAGCUUCCUUUAAUAGAUAAGCUGUAAUUCUGCCUUGCUCAAUGAUUGAACAUUUUAUAAUCUCAUUACUGCUCUCCUCUGAGUAAUUCUGUAA